CCUUGCUCCACUGUCUCCUCUGUUCUUCUCCCUCUAUAAAACCCCCCAGCUGUUCCCCCCCAAAUCCCAUCACCAACAACACAAAAUUCCUCCGCAAGCCAAAACAGAGAAGAUAUCUCUGUUCCAAUCCGCCAACAAUGGCUUCCUCCAGUUCUACAAUAGCGGCGACGCUCGUGGUGUGCGCGCUGCUGCUGUGCCAGACGUGCCUGGCGACGAGGAAGCUGACGGCGCUGGUGCAGGAGCAGCCCAUCACGAUGAAGUACCACAAGGGCGCGCUCCUCUCCGGCCGCAUCGCCGUCAACCUCGUCUGGUACGGCAACUUCUCGGCCUCCCAGCGCGCCGUCAUCACCGACUUCCUCUCCUCCCUCUCCACCACCGCCCCUUCCCCACAACCGGAGCCCUCCGUCGCCACCUGGUUCAAGACCGCCCAGAAGUACUACUCCACCUCCAAAGCCCGGUUCCCGGCGCUCACCAUGGGCGCGCACGUCCUCGACUCCUCCUGCUCCCUCGGCAAGCGGCUCAGGGAGAAGGACCUCGUGAAGCUCGCCUCCCGGGGCUCGCCCAGCCGCGCCAUUAAUGUCGUGCUCACGGCUGACGAUGUCGCCGUUGACGGCUUCUGCUCGAGCCGCUGCGGCUCGCACGGCGCGUCCCCGCGGUCACGCGCCGGCCGGUUCGCGUACGUCUGGGUCGGCAACCCGGCCACGCAGUGCGCCGGCCAGUGCGCGUGGCCGUACCACCAGCCGCAGUACGGUCCCCAGGCGGCGCCGCUUACCCCGCCCAACGGCGAUGUCGGCGUGGACGGCAUGGUGGUGUCCCUCGCGUCCAUGGUGGUCGGCACGGUCACCAACCCCUUCGGCAACGGCUUCUUCCAGGGCCCCGCGGAGGCGCCGCUCGAGGCCGCCACGGCGUGCGCCGGGGUGUACGGCAAGGGCGCGUACCCUGGCUACGCCGGGUCGCUGCUCGUGGAUCCGACGACUGGGGCGAGUUAUAAUGCGAAUGGGGCGAAUGGGAGGAAGUACCUUGUCCCGGCGCUCGUCGACCCGGACACGUCGGCUUGCUCCACGCUCGGGUAGAUGAGGAGAUCCGUAGAGAGGAUGAUGACAGUACACGUAGUGGUUUAUAUAGUUGGGGUGGUGGUGUUUUUACUGUGUGGAGAGUGUUCCACACGAGCUAAUCUUCUCUGUGUUCAUGUUCUUUGUAGUGGUGGUGAAAUGAAAUAUUCUUUCAUUUGAUUGAUGAAAAAAGAAACGGUAUUGGAUGA